AUGAAAGUCUCGGAAACGUCAAGUUUCUGGCUAAUUGUGCUGUUAUAUGUUUCAAUACACAUUGUAUUACACACACUUGACUUCUCAAGUAUCCUGGAAAAGCGAAUUGAAAUUUCUACACCCGCUUCCAGUUUCUUACGUGUAAAGGAAGGUUAUUAUUUAUACAAAAAAGGAAUUGAUCCAUAUGAGGGUGUUGUCUUCUUCCAAUCGCCUUUUAUUUUACUUUUACACACUUGUUUGAGCGUUGUUUCUGUUCCUAAUUUUUCCCGGGUUCUAUAUCCUGUCGCCGACAUUGUCGGUGCAACUGCUCUUCGUGCUUUACUCCUUUGUUUAAAAAAACAGAAGCGUUUUACUUCUUGGAGUGUAAAUGGACUUUGUUCUCUAUAUCUGCUCAACCCAUUAACUAUAGCUGCUAGCGUCGCCGGGUCAUCGGAUUGCGUUUCAAACGCACUCACGCUUAUAGCUUUGUACUGCGCUGUUGUUGGAUCUACUGCUGGCUUGGGAUGCAGCAUUGCCUUGGUGACCUUUUUUAAUCCAUUCAAUUGCGUGUAUGUGCUUCCUCUCUUUCUUAUAGCACACAAAACUACAAAAAAAGAGAGUACCUUUUCCUGGAAACGCUGUUUAUUUAUAGACUUAGAGUAUACUGCUCUACUCUUGCUCACUAGUUAUCUGUUUCUGGGCUCCUGGAAGUUCUUAAUCUCAAGUAUCACCUCUAAUUUCAUCCUGCAGAAUCUCUCUGUGAGUCUUGGUCUGUGGUGGUACUUCUUUAUUGAAAUAUUUGAAACGUUUCGCUCGUUUUUCUUGUUUGUGUUUGCAAUUCAUCCAUUCACGUAUACGCUUCCCGUUACAAUUAGGUUACGAAAACAACCAUUGACUGCUUUUGUUGUUCUCGUGGGAGUAACUGGUCUUUUGAAAUCAUAUCCCAGUAUUGCGGACUUGUCACUUUUCGUUACUCUUAUCCAUAUCCUUGAUUUUGGAAAGAGCCGUUUAAAGUUCGUAUUUUUGGCGGGUAACACACUUUUAUACUCUCUUUUUCUUGGCCCAGCAUUCUUUCAAGCUUGGAUUUACCUUGGCAGUGGCAAUGCCAAUUUCUUCUAUGCCAUUACACUUGUAUACGCGCUUGCUGUUGCCCUACUCGUGUCCGAUAUUCUCCGUGCCGCUCUGGAAAAUGAAUUCUACCAGGAGCAUCCGGAGUUUGUUGGUCAAAAGCUGCUGCAGGUGUUCUAA